CUUUUAGAGAGGCAAACAAUUGGACCCAUUGGUAGUUGCAAUUGCACCUCCAUGUAGGAUACUCCCCAACAAGAAACAACGACCUUGAAGUCAGUAAGCGCCUCUUCUCUGGUUGGCAUCCAGAUCACUCCCAUCUGUGCCUGGCGUAAACCCGGUGCGCACCGCUGCUGCGUCUUGUUCAAGACUAAUUUAAGGCAGCGCUUUGAACCUCGAGUCUAGUGUUGUGGAGUUAGUGAAUGUGUUAGGUCCCCUUCUUAGUUAGUCCACGGAGCCUGAUUACAUUUUGGCUGCAGAACUACACCAACAAAAACAAGUUGUUUUCUUUUGAUCAAGAGGACUCUGAAGAAAGGAUUUCAGCAUGGAUACAGCCAACAGCUCCAACGGGGAAAGUAAGCCGGUGUGUCAGUGUGCGCCCAAGUCCGCGGUCCAGCGGUGGCUCCCAGGUUUCCCCGUGGCUUUGUGCUUGCUGAUGUCCCUGAGCUCCGUCACAGUGUGUCUUCUGAUGAGCUUCAAGACCCAGCAGCUGGAGUACCGGCUGCAGAUGGAGAUGAACAAAGCGUCCGUAAUCCACCCGCCGCGCACGGCUUUUCUAAACGAGGAUGGGACCCUAAUUCCAGAGCUGAGCGCCCCAAUAGGAAGGCUUGUGGACGAGAAAGUGGCGGUGCUGAUGCCGAAGUUGAGGACAACUAGGGAUGUUGGCCAAGAAUGCUCCUGUCCUCCAGGGCCUCCAGGGAAGCGUGGAAGGAUGGGAAGAAGAGGGGAACCUGGACCUCCAGGCAAAUCUGGACGGGAUGGAUACCCGGGUCCACUUGGCUUGGAUGGGAAACCAGGUUUACCAGGUCUCAAGGGAAGCCAGGGACCAGCUGGACCCAAGGGAGAAAAGGGUGACCAAGGAGACAUCGGGCCAAGGAUGGUCUUCCCCCGAUAUGACCAUGGCUUUCUCUCUGGAGAGCAGUCCAACAGCUUCCAGAGACGCUUUCUGAAGGGUGACCAAGGCCAGGCUGGACCUGCUGGUCCUCCUGGUCCCCCAGGUCCCCCCGGUCCCAGAGGCCCCCCUGGGAACACAGGAAAGGACGGGCCACGUGGCCCUGCUGGAGAGCCGGGUUUUCCAGGUCGAGAUGGCGUUGAGGGGUCACACGGAUUGCCUGGGAAGCCGGGCGAAGAUGGUGAGCCCGGAUAUCCUGGACCACAGGGUCCUCCAGGAGCAAAGGGCGAGCCAGGUAUGGGAGAAAAAGGAGAGCGAGGCAUGGAUGGAUUCCCAGGAUUAAAGGGAGACAGAGGGGAAGUAGGAGAGCAAGGACCUCAAGGACCCAUGGGUCAUCCUGGUGAAAAAGGCACCACAGGCUCUUCAGACAUCAUUGACUUCAAUGGAAAGCUUCUAGAUGCUUUCCAGGCCAUCAACACCAUCAGUGUUUCGGGCCCACCUGGACCACCUGGACCCCCAGGCUAUCCAGGGGAAAAGGGUGAGCUUGGUUUACCUGGACCAGCAGGAGUUGAUGGUGAGAAGGGACCUAAAGGUGAAAUUGGUGAGACAGGACGACCUGGCGAGAGAGGAGAGAAGGGAGAGAUGGGUCUCUCUGGGCCUACUGGUAUGGACGGACACAAAGGAGAGAAAGGCGACUGCAGAAUGGACGACAACCUGGUUCAGAUGAUUUCCCAGCCAGGCCCACCUGGCCCACCCGGCCCACCAGGGGUUCCUGGUUCCCCUGGAUCCAUGGGGCUGCAUGGAAUGCCUGGCCCUAAGGGUGAGCCUGGAUAUGGGAUGAGGGGAGAGAAGGGGGACGCUGGUCCUCCUGGACUCCAAGGAUUAGUCGGCCCCCAGGGAUUACCUGGGUCUGCAGGGUUAGUGGGUCUUCCAGGUGCAAAGGGAGAAAAAGGCAGACCAGGAGAGCCUGGACUGGAUGGUUUCCCAGGACUGAUGGGAGAGAAAGGUGACCGAGGGGAAAGAGGAGAUAAGGGUGACAGGGGAACAGUUGGGAAGAGAGGUCUAAAGGGCCAGAAGGGAGAACAGGGUCCUCCAGGCCUGGACCAGCCGUGUCCUGUGGGUUGUGAUGAGACUAAAGGUCUGUCUGAGGGGGCAGGGCUUUCUUCCCCUCCAUCUAUUUCUCCUUCCGGCCCUGAGGCCCCCUGUCCUGUGGGACAUGAUGGGAUGCCCAUACCCGGCUGCUGGCACAAGGAGCAAAUGGCGAGACAGAAGCUCAAACGCAAGCGUCUCUCUCAGCCCUGAAGGGGGUGCGGGGCCCGGUGGAGAAAGGACACGUAGACAGGCAGAGAGCACAAAGGGGCAGACUGGCCUUUAUGAAGCAGAGCGUGCCAUGUAAUGCCUCAGUGUCACACUGAACACUCAGAUCCUCCGUUAUGGAAACUCCCCAGGAGGUGGGGAGGGGCGACAGACAACACUGCAUCUUCACAUUCACCUGAGAAGAAAAGACACAUCUGUUGGUUGGUGAUGUUGGGCAAUAGCUUGAUAACCAGUAAAAAAGUUAUUUGAGGAGUCACUGACGUCACUGGCACAUAAGGAAGGAUUUACUGCACAGAUACGUUGAACAUGUUGUGACGAUCUCUUCUAUGGCUCUUUUAUAAAAAAGGUUUUCACUAAUUAAAUGCAUGAUCAUAACGAGGCACAGUAGCAUCCCGACAGCUUGUACGACUUGUGGUCCCUCAUUGAAACCUCAAACGAUUCAUUUUCAUUUGCAAUAAGCAGUCUUUGAUAGUCUUUCCAUUUGAACAAGCCAUUCAGAAAAGUCAGUAAGUCUACCUUUUUUAUGGCUUACACUUGUGGCCGUGGUAACUUGUGUGUUUUUUUGUUUUAUUUUGUUAUAUUCUUACCUGUUUUUUGUCCAGUUACAUUUUGCAUUCCUGUGCAUUGCCAUGUUUGUGGAAUAUAUCGAUAGUGAAACUUAAAGGCCAGAUUUGAAGGAACCAUUUUCAGUAUUCAUGAUACAGUGUUUCAGUUGUCUUGACAAAUGAUUGCCAAUCAAAAUAUUUCCUUAAUAAUUUUCAGUGUCUGAUCAUUAUUUUUUAAUCUCUGAUCAAUACAUCAAUAAUGUUGACAGUUUCUCUGGACAACAGUGUAAGUUCUUGCUGCUGACUUAAAUGUGUGUUUGUUUGAUAUUUUUGAAUCAAUAUUUGUCAUUUCGACUGAAGGACUAACAGACUAAAGUAUGAAAUUUGAAUCAAAUGUAUAGACAACCGUUCUUUUUUGAGGGUCAUUAUUAAUUUUCAUUCAGCAAUAUGCCUUAGCACAGUGGUUCUCAAUUAUUUUGUGUGUAUGUUUUCUUUCAAAUAUCACAAAAAGUUUGCAUCUUUGCUGUCAGAUGACUUUUAUUGGUGUGUUUUGGUCUUCAUGAUACAUUUUUCUCAGAUGGAAUCAUUUCUUGGUGCUUAAAUACUUUUAUAUACCGUUUUUAAAGCUCUACUCUGCAUAUUCAUGUGCAGAACCACACACAUCCACAGAUACACGUGCAUCAUUGUUUAAAGAAAUGUUGAACAUAGGAAAAAAACAAAUUUUCAAAUAUUUGGUUGUAUGUAUACAGGACAGAGAUUUCUCAUUAUUUGGUUCUGUUUACAUAGACAAAAAUACAAACACAUGAAAGGAAAAACGUGUUCAAGUUUCUUAGUGGAUUUCUGUUUAUGCUACAUUGAUGUUAGUUGCACUUUUUGAUACUAUAUGAAAAAUAUUCAGCAGUUAUCUUUUUUUUUUUUAAAGCAGAAUGCAUAUUCAGGUUAACAUGGCUGACUUUUACAACAUUGUCAUUGUUAGUCUGAAUAUGAACAAUCAGAAUGUUUAAUUAUUAAUUAGUAGUAGUUAAAAUCAACAUACAGGCUGCUAAACUUUUCUAAUUCCAAUUCUUGCCCACAGCCACAAACCUUUGCAAAUUUCAAACAGGGUCAGUAUUAGUGUUGUUAGAAGUUUUUUUUUUGCUAAGUUUGAUUUUUCACAUGAUCUUCAAAUCAAUCGGAGGAACACAAAUAGAUAUGUGAUGUGUGGAAGUGGGAUUUUCUGUUCCAAUUAGGUAAUUUGUUCAAAGGGUAAUGUAGUAGAAGGAUUACAGUGUUGAUUCAGUUACUGCUGAAUCUAGAAAACACACAGAGUUCAUUGGUAAUACUUCCUUUUUGUAAUUAAACAUAUCCAGUAGCUGACCUGCAAACUGGCUCAUAUUAAGUUGCAGCAGAUAUGAUGUAGGCCACAUAUCCCUGCAGUGGUAGUUCCUGUUUAGGUCUGGAAUAGACGAUUUGUAACAUAACCUCUAAUCAGCUUUAUUUCUUUUUGCAAAGAUCAUUUAUUAAAGCUGAAUUACUGACUCACACAAAACUAUUUCUGUAUCAGUGGGAUAAAUAUGAUGUAAAGUCCCAAAAACAUGUUUUAACUUUAGAAGGGUGUGGUGAGAAAGAUCAGUGCAUCAUAUAUAAAACCCAUACAAAACAGACAUCUGUAUAUGAGUUGCAUACCAUUAAGCUAAAAUAGAAUAGCUGACAUACAAACUUUUUUUUUUACAAUCAUAAAAUAUGUUGGGUGGGGAUUUAUAUUGAAAGCAGAGUGGUUUAACUGUAAACCACACAUUUCUUAGCAUUAUUUCACUGGAAACUGAUGGUUUUCUGUCACUUAACAUUAUUAUAUGUGUUUAUUUCUUUUGCAGAUUCUAUCAGUUUCAGUUUAAAGGCUUAAUGGAGUCAAUAUAUGGCACAAUGUCUAAAUACAGUUUGGUGUUUUAGCAAGUCAUAUAUCACAGUAUUAGCUUGACUUUGUGAGAAUGUUUGUUUUUUUUUGGUUGUGUAUUUGGUUGUAAAAGAAUUAAGCUAUUUUUGUAAUUACUUGUCUAAAAAUGUAUAACAUUAAAUCUGGUCAACUAAACAUGUAGACUGAAGUAAACUCUCCAGUUGUAUGGGUUUUUUGUCCAUUAAAUCAUAUUCAUAUAAAAAA